AUGGAAGUUCGUAUAGCAUCUGCAAGCUCUGGACUGACGAUGAGUGUAUAUGAACAAGGAGUUAUAAAAGCUGAGGUUCGUGGACUCACCUCGUAUGCUCCAGAAGGAGCAGACAUUGGUGAUAUGGUGGUGAGCGUAGACGGUAAACUCAUUUCAAAGGUUGGUUCGGCAGCCGACGUUGAACGAAUGCUCACUGAAGGCCGAGUUAUUCGUCUUCGGAAAGGUCGAAUUACCACAAAGAGCAGUUCCGAGGCGGCAAAGGUUCUCUUAAAUAAAGUC